AUGUUAAGAUUGUUUAAAAAGAUACAGAGAAAGAAGGGAUCAAAGAUUGAAGACUUUUAUGAAUUUGGUCAUGAGAUUGGACGACUAACAACUAUUACCAGUGGAGCAUUUUCAGUAGUUAGACAUGGUACACAUAAAGAAUCAGGUGAAGAGGUUGCCAUUAAAGCAAUCUCAAAGCAACAUGUAAGCGAAGCAGAUAUGAAUAGAUUCACAAGAGAGAUUGAAAUUAUGAAGAAACUUAAACACAAGAAUAUCAUUCAAUUGAUAGAGGUGUUUGAUUCUCAAGAUUAUCUAUUCUUGGUAUUGGAACUUGUGCGAGGUGGAGAAUUGUUUGAUAAGAUUGUUGAUAGAGGUCAAUACUCUGAAAGAGACGCAUGUAAUUUAGUUAGACAAAUAGUAUCGGCAGUUCAAUAUAUGCAUCAACAUGGCGUUUGUCAUCGUGAUUUAAAACCAGAGAAUUUAUUGUGUUCGGCAGACGAUGAAGCUGAACAAUUUGUAAGAAUAGCAGAUUUUGGUCUAAGUAAAAUAUUUGAAGGAGGAGAAGAAUUAAAGACGGCAUGUGGAACACCAGAUUAUGUAGCACCCGAAAUUUUAGAAUGUAAACCUUAUGAUACCUCUGUAGAUAUGUGGAGUAUUGGAGUUAUCACUUAUAUAUUAUUAUGUGGAUUUGCACCAUUUUAUGCAGAUACACAUCAUGAACUGUUCCAAAAGAUAUUGGAUCUAGAAUAUGAUUUUCCAGAACCAGAGUGGUCUGGUAUUACAGACAAUGCAAAACACUUUAUUUCACAAUUGUUGGUCAUUAAUCCAACGGAAAGAUGGAGCGCAUCACAGUGUAUGAAACAUCCUUGGUUGGCCGAGAACAAAGAGGACAAGCAAUUGAAAAGUUUGGAUUCUGCUAUUAAUUCUAUGAAGGAUUAUGUUAAAAAUAGAGAAAAUUCAUCGGUUAAUAUUUUAAGAACUAGAACUCAAUCAACUCCUAAUCUAACAACAAAAAAUGAAAAACAACAAUAA